AUGGAAACCAACACGGUCAUCGUCGGCAAUGGGCCGUCGGCCAUGAUCCUUUCAUAUAUUCUUCACGGUUAUAUCCCAUUUUACUCCUCCGAAACCCCACAUCCGGACCCAUUACUGGACGCCAAGUUGAAAAAUGCGCCCAACCUCUUGAAUAUCAACGUAGACGUGCUGACGGCGCAUUUCGCCGCCUCGCGUCUAUCAUACUCUACCCAGGCUUUACCGGUGAAUGUGCUGCUGGAUACCCUAGUACGACCCAGUCUCGACAUUGAAGAGUCGGGCAACGCCUCCAAUGUCGAGUGGCGAUACAUGCCUGAAAAUGCCGUCUCACAUCUCGUCUUCGGCAACUCGACCGAUCCUGGAGGCCAAUGGACCGAACACCCCCACGGGGCAAGCUGGGAUAUCCGGACCCUAAGCUAUGCCGCCAUGUUGUCGCUACCCGGCUACUCUUUUGCGGAGCAUCACAAACAGCAAACAGGCCAUGAUCUAGCACCUUUCACACGACCUACGAGGCGCGAGAUUGCAGAAUACUUCCGCCUCUAUCCGGCAGCAGUCAGUAUCGGUGAGAGUUUCCGGUGCGGAGAGGAGCUGGGUGGCAUCUCCCGCACUGCUCAUGGCUUCUACAUCGAGUCACAUAAUCUUCACUGCAAGCGAUUGGUGCUUGCAAGUGGUAUCUUUACCGAGAUUCUUGCGCCAGUCCCCGCCCUUCAGCCUCUCCUCGAAACUCAAUCAACUCCCUCAGUACCGCUCCUUGUGAUUGGCUCGGGCUUCUCCGCUGCCGACGUGAUCAUCUCCGCCGCGUCGGACCAAAAAAUAAUUCAUGUCUUCAAAUGGGCCCCCGAAGAUCGUCCGUCACCUUUGCGUGGCUGUCACCAACAUGCGUACCCUGAAUAUGCCGGGGUUUAUCGACUAAUGAAGAAGGCCGCCCUGACGGGCGCCACAAACCAACGACUGAAAUACCGUCGCGGUACCUCAACCCCCUUCUUAGAAAGUCGCGAUUGGGACAAUGUCUACGAGGGUAUCUCCAAUAUAGAGAUUACUGCUGUCGAGAUACAAGGUGGAACGGCGCACGUCACAUUUCGCCGGACUGAUGGUUCCACAUUUGCUAGGUCUGUCCAGGGCCUCGUUUAUGCCGCUGGGCGGCGUGGUACCUUGGAGUAUCUAGAUAGCGAGCUUCGCUCCGAAGUCCUCGGACACAACCAUUCGGAGACCGCCACUGUUUCAGCGCAGACUCUCCGCGCGAAGGCAAUUGAGGACUUGGAGGUUGCCCCGGGAGUGCAUAUCAUUGGAAGCUUGACUGGCGAUUCACUUGUGCGCUUUGCGUAUGGAGGUUGUGUCUAUGCGGCGGGACAGCUCAUUGGAGAGCGAGAGGGCGACCUGGGAACCCGCAGUGCCUGUAGUAGCAGAGUGUCGACCCGGACCCAAUCCUCAUCCCUGCCUGUCAUGAAUGGGAUGGAUGGCCACGACAUUUUCCCCAAUGAUAUGGCUGUGGUUACCCGAGACGAUACCCUGAGCAAAGUGUCAACGGCUGGGGCGACAACCUCUCAGAGCUGGUGGAGGACAGUGACGCGUCUGUGGAAGGACCUUAUACGAUAA